AUGUCCAGUGCUCGCCAGGGCGCAGAGGUCGCUGCCAGCCAGGCGGAUGCUGUGGGCUGCCGCCAAGCCCAUGGGCUGCCAGGCCGGCUACAUCGAGGCCAGCUUGCCACUUCCAGCUUCCAGCAGUGGGUAGAGAGCUUCCAUGAGAACCCAAGCAUCCGAGGGCUGCCGUGUGACACUUAUAUCAGUCAGACAAUUACCUUAGUGAGCUGUGGCCCCCCUCUUCGCUCCCUAGCUGAGCGCCUGUCCCACCUGGGGCCCUCAGAGAGCGAGCCUGCUUGGGAGGCAGCUGCAAAUGCUCUUGACCAUGUCACCCACCUCUCCCACCGCGUCCUGGCUGACCUGCUCUUUCAAGAACUGCAGCCCCAUUUCUCCAAAGUGAUGUGUCACAAGCAGCUGACCAUCUCUGAGGCUCUGGAUGACAUUGUAGGGACCCUGGGAGCUCAGACCUUGGCCCUCAGAAGAAUGCAUGACCAGCCUUACCAGGCCCUGGUGGGGGAGCUGCACCAAAGGCCCCUGGUGCAGUAUGUGGAGAUGUAUUGCAGGGGCCUGUUCUGGGUGGGUUUCAGAGCUGGGGGUUCUAGCUCUGGCUUCUGGGCUCUAGAGAUAAGGAUUCCAGGAUUAACUUGGUUCAGGGGGAGGCUGAUUCUGGAGCUGGAUAUAUGAAUAAAGCUCCCAGAACUGUGUUGUGACCAUGCCUAGGGUUAUGGAUCUGUGUUUGGGGUUUCUAUAGUUGACUUUUGGGCUGGUGAGGACUACAGAAUUUGAUGGGCUCUAGCCUGCAGCACUUGGGGAGAAUAUUGGCUCUAGAUAUGUUUAGGGGUAGGGCUCUGGGAUUGAACUAGGGUGAGAAUUAAGCUGGGGGUGUCAACCCCCAGAAACAGUUGGAGAAAGAAUGUGGGUUCUCGAUAUGAGUCUCUGGGUUCUAGAACUGCCUUUGGGAGAGUUCCAAGCCCCAUAUCUGGAUAGAAUGAUUGUUCUGGACCUGGGUUGGAUGGUGAGGAUUCUGAGACCUCAAUGAUAUCCCCUCAUCUCUCCCAAGGAGGAAGCAUGUGGCUGCCCUCUUAGAUGUGAGGGCUCUCCAGGGUGCAGCAGCUCAUUAUGAGUUAUUGGCUGUGUCUCGGGGCCUGGAGCAGAGUGAGAAAGGGACUCCUGCCCUUCCCAGGGACUGAGUUUUUUCUGCUGACAU